AUGAUGACGUCUGAAUUGGAGGAUAUACCUGACAAACUUUUACAAACAUUUAAAGAUAUUAGAAUACGUUUAGCACAUGAAUCUAGUAAAUCACUUGGUGAACCUGGCAUUUUUGAGGUAUGGACCAAUGGUGUAAAAUAUAUUUUUAAUGAUACUCUUGAAACACAUUUUGCAAGUUAUGAUGAUGUUACAGGUAUUCGUGUAUCACCACCAACUAAAUCUAGAAUUAUGUUACAAAUAAAACAUAAAGAUAGUACCAAGCAAGUAACAUUUAUUUUUGUCAAACCAGAUACUGAUAAAAUAGAAUUACGAGACAUAAGGGAUAUAGCUCGUGGUGUUAUUCAUCAAUCUUUCAUACGUUACAAACAAUAUAAAACAGAAAAAAGUAAAAGAACAGCACAAUUACAAGAGAUUCAUGAAACUGUAAAAAGUAAAAUAUUAGAUGAAGAUAAAUUUAUGAAUAGUAUAUAUUCAAUUUUGGUAAAAGAAAAGUAUUUAUCUCCAGCAGAUUUUUGGGAGGAUCAUCUUAAAAAUGCACUACUUAGUAAAGAAGAAAAUCAGGGAGUAUCAAGUGGUUUUCUCGGUGCUAUUUCUCAAUCUGAAGAUAAAGAAGGUGUUACAUUAAAUUUAAGUUUAGAAAUUAUUAAUGCAAUCUUUAAAACAUAUCCAGCUGUUGAAAAAAAACAUUUGGAAAUGGUACCUCAAGAAAUUAGUGAACAAGAAUUUUGGGCAAAAUUUUUUAAAUCUCAUUAUUUUCAUAGGGAUAGAGAUUCUUAUAAUGCUCCAGAUGCAAAAGAUGAUAUAUUCAAAGAUUGUAUUGAUGUUGAUGAAAAAGAUAUGUCAAAGAUAGUUGAACAAUGUGUUGCCGCAAAUGGUAAUCGUGGUGUCGAUAAUGAAGAUAAUUUUGGUGUACUUUCAUCUUUUAAUAAUGACGAUAGUAAUGAUAAAAGUGGGAUCUCAAAAAAUAAAAUGUUAAUAAAAAGGUGUAAUUAUUUAUCUGAACGAAUAAUUAAAAGUAUACAGGAAAAUAAAAAGCCAUUUUUAGAUGAUAUUGGAAAUAAAAGUAAAAAUGAUGAAGAAGAAUUAAUUAAAGAAAAAGAAAAAUUUUGCAGAAUUAAAAAGUUUUAUGGCAUGUUAUAG